GAAAAGAUUGCAUGGAAUCCUUGCUCUCCCAUCUGCAGUUUGUGCCAGUUUGAUUGCAGAGUUCCGGUCUUGUGAUACUCUUUGGAUUGGGGAAGACUUUGUUUCAACUUCAUGAUGUCUUCCCCUGAAAUCGCUUCCCUUUCUUGGGGUCAGAUGAAGGUGAAAGGCUGCUCUACAACAUAUAAGGACUGCAAAGUAUGGCCAGGAGGAAGUCGGACGUGGGAUUGGCGAGAAACUGGGACUAAUCAUUCUCCAGGAGUGCAGCCAGCUGACCUUGAAGAAGUCGUCAAGAAGGGUGUUAAAACUAUGGUGAUUGGUCGUGGCAUGAGUGAGGCUUUGCAGGUUCCAGCAUCCACCGUGGACUAUCUGAAGAAGAACGGGAUUGACGUGCUGGUGCUGCAAACGGAGAAGGCUGUGGCGGAGUACAAUGCCCUGGCCGCUCAGGGUGUCAAAGUGGGUGGGGUCUUCCAUUCCACCUGCUGAAGCGCAGCUCACUCCGCCUUCCUGGCCCGCAGCCAAAUCUCAGACACACCUCUGCUGAAUCAAAUUGCAAUCAGCAGAGGGUGAGCUUAAGUGCCAAGGCAUUUGUGCACUGACAGUCUAAAGUGCAAAGACAGUUUAUUAGUUCAGGAUUUAAACAAAUCGAGGGCUCACAAAAGGCGGGGCUGUUACUGUAAUUAAAUUAUUCAGUUACAGAAUCAUUUCCAUCUAUUGUUGAUAUUGACCUAAUUUUCCUCUGAAGGCUGUCCAUAGUCUUGUUACUUAAUUUUUCACCUGUUGACUAAAUCAGGAGAUUAUGUUUUAAAUACUUUUAUUAGAAAAUGGCCCAAAAUUACAUUACUGGCUACUGGAACGCAGCCAUAAAAUAGCUGAUGAGCACAAACAAAUGGUAGAUAUGAAGUAGAUAUAAAGAAGCACUUUACCACCACUGGAUAAAUAAGUUAAAUAAGUUAAAAAUAAAAUAAAUUAAAAAGCAA